GGCGCCUCGCCUCCGCUCGCGUAGUCGCGCUGGCCGCAGUAUCGCGGGUUCAACGGAUGCGAGUGCGCCGCGGCGGAAAUGGAGCCAGGAACGCUGGCGAGGGUGCUGCACGACUUCCUCACCACCGUCGACGGGGAGCUGAGUCUCCCCAGGGGCCAUUACUUCCUGGUACACGAGAUCGUGGACAAACACUGGUGCUAUGGUCAGUCUCGAGACAUGGUCGGCAAGUUUCCCCUAAGUCAUUUGCAUAAAGUGGAAAUCCCGCACUUGGGUGAAACGGAAAGACUGUUCGUUUCCAUAGCCAACUUCCAGGGGCAAGAAGCUGGAGAUCUGUCUUUUGCGGAAGGGGAACUCAUAAUUGGAACGAGGGACAUAGGUUCAGGAUGGUGUAUGGGCAGAACAAGCUCGAACACUGGAAUUUUCCCAAUGACACAUGCGUGGGAACUGGAUACAACAUUGAUAAAGAAACCGACCAAGACCAGGUCAAUCAGAAAAAGGGCCAAAGUGAAAACGACACUAAAGGCGCAACUUGACGAAGAAUUGGACCUAACUGCGGGAGAGAUAGUCGUUGUCACGGAGAUUUUAGACGACGGCUGGUGUCGUGGGGUUACGGAAAAUGGCAGAGAGGGCAUGUUCCCCGAAGGAUUUGUAUCUUACAUCGAUGGAGAUCGGGAUCAAGUUGAUCAGAAGGAAGUGACGUGUGCACCUAAGAGCAGUGAUUUUCCGUCUCUCUCGACAGUUCACAAUGGCACAAUUUACAAAGAUUUUAACGAAACUUCCGCCAAUUCUUAUCCAAAUUUACCUGAUGAGCCCGCUCCAAACUACUUUGACUUGUUUCCAGAGUUGCCAGUAACCAAUAAUGCAGAAGGCAUACAAUACAAUAAUCAUGCGAAUUCCGUCGAUAUCAAACCAUACGCCAUAACGUUAUACCCAUUCAAUGCACAGUUUCCAAACGAGCUAAGCUUUGGAGCAGGCGAGGUGGUGCAUCUUACCAGACACAUCGAUUCCGAGUGGAUAGAGGGUACGAUCGAUACCACUAAGGGCAUUUUUCCGUCAUCUUACGUCAAUAUUAUAGUCGACUGCGCAGAAGCGAGGGAACAACAAGUCCAAUCCGAAAUCAUUUCUGCAAAGAAGGAUGCUCUGGAACCGGGUGCUACUGUAAAAGUGCUGUAUACCUUUGACGCACAGAUGGCUGGCGAUUUGAACGUCCACGAGGGCGAGAGUGUCACCGUGCUGGAAAUGGCCAAUGAGGAUUGGGUGAAAGUGAAAAACAAGAGCGGCCUAGUUGGCUUGUGCCCACGGGAGUAUUUGAGUUCGGUGUCCGAACAUUCGUUUGACAGUCUGCAGGAAUCGAAUUUAGAAGACUUUGAAGACUUUGUAAUGAUUAGGCACAAAGAAGCGAACACUGUUGCAAAUGAGGAACAGAAUCCGAAGAGAUUGUCGCAGCCGCACAGGCCAGCACCACCAGCUCCCGCUCCAGGCAGAGUGCCGUUACAGAAAGAAACUGUUGCAAACGGCGAAGUGUCUGCUCCGACGAGAGAAACGCGCGAAAACGAAUGUGCGGGCGACAGUACUGUAGAUAUGAAGCAAAAGCAUGCGGAUCAACGACAAAAUGUAAUAACGGAAUUAGUUAUGACAGAAAAAGAAUAUGUUCGUGAUCUGAAGUUAACAUACGAAACAUUUAAUUUGCACAAUCCGAGUUUCCUCGAGUCGAAGGGGAUUGACGUCGCCACGUUAUUCGGAAAUAUUUUGGAAGUUAUCCACGUUGCCGAGGAGUUGUUGGACAUGAUUUUGAGAGCUAUGAAAGGCUGCGACGAAAGCUUGCAAACAAUUGGACCUUGUUUCGUGAAAAUGGCCGAGAAACUGAGAAACGUUUAUGUUAAAUAUUGCGGAAAUCACGAGGCUGCGUUAGCUUUGUUAAAAAAGUAUGAAAAUAAUGAAGAUAUCAUGAAAGUAUUUAAUAAGGGAAUUGAGACAUUACGUCGUCAGGUUGCUUGCUUUGACAUGAGCUCGAUUCUGAUCAAGCCGGUGCAAAGAAUUUUGAAGUAUCCACUAAUAUUAUAUGAACUAAUAAAGUGUACAGAAGACAAUCAUCCAGACAAAGCAGCCAUACUGGAGGCGUGGGAGGCUAUGACUAAUGUGGCCAGUUACAUCAACGAGUACAAACGGAGACGAGAUAUUGUAUCAAAGUAUUUGGACAAUGAUAAUACUUUAUUUAGCAAAAUGUCAAAAUUAAGUAUGCACUCUGUGGCGAAAAUGUCAACAAGAUUAAGCACGAGAUUGUCGGCAAGUCUGGGAUUGACGAACGUCGCGAGCGAUACCGAGUUCGAGGAGCUCGAGAAGCAAUUUCGGUCUAUAGAGAAAUGUACAUGGCAAUUGGCGAAAGAUAUUGAGCAAUGUAUAACAUAUCUGAGUGAUGAAGCUAUGUCCGGUGAAGCGAUAGCCGAAAUGCUGGUUCAUUAUUAUCAAGGAAAUUCGACUGUCGAAGUAAAAAAACUGCAGGGCAUAAGAUCUAUAAUUGGGUCACAAUACAUACGGGACUUUAAAUCGUAUAUCGAAAAGAGAGUCAGCGCACCGUUGCAUUUCCUGGCGACACUGUUAGAAGGACCGGCGGUGUUGGUAGCGAAGAGACAUGAUAAGUUGCUGGAUUACGACGCCGCUAUUUCAAAGAGUGAGAAAAGCAAAGAAUCAAAAAUUGUACAAGAAGAAUUAUUCACUGCUAAGAGCAAUUAUGAAGCUCUGAAUCAACAAUUACUGGAGGAAUUACCUAUAUUGCUGGAUGCGACGGCAAACAUUUUAGUUAAUUGCAUAAAUGCUUUUGCUGGCGCUCGAAAAUUAUUAAGUGGCAAAAUUACCAAGCAAUACCUGACUCUUUGCGAGACAUCACCGCAUCUGUCGUCACAAGAUGUGCUGGAAUCAUUUUUCGUAAAUCAUAAUUUAAUAUGGAAUCAACUAACGCGUUUCGCGUUUGCUGGCGCGAAUACCCGAAUAGACAAUGGCCAAUUUCAAUUGUGUAAACAGUCCGAAGAGCAGAAAUCCACGCUCAGAGAGAAAUAUUCUGCGGAUAAAUUGUAUGUGGUGGUUGAGGAUGUUGUCAGUACAUCUGCGCUAGAUGUGAAUGCUGCAAGAGGUACGUUGGUCGGAGUCAUAAAAAAACAAGAUCCAAUGGGAGACACGGCGAGAUGGUAUGUCGACACUGGAAUCACUCAAGGAUUUUUGCCUUGCCAAAAACUGAGGCCGGUUCGACGGCAGACUCAAAUUAUAAAUCACGAUCCAAUCCCGUCGGACGUCGCCGCUGCUGGCAGAAAGAGUUCCAGCCCUCCAAAUUUAAUGUCGUUGGAUUCUCCAGAAAAAGAGAUCAAGAAGGUACCUUCGUCGCAUCUGCAAGAUUUGCUUUCAUUAGAACAAGAAGCAAAAGUAAAUCACAGUUAUAGCAACGUUCCCGAGACGCCGAGAGUUCGAGUGUAUCAGAAUGUACACAAUGAAUUUUACCACGCGAUGUAUGAGUUUGCUGGUAAUAUGCAGGGUACUUUGCCCAUUAGUAAUGGCCAAACCCUGAGACUUCUUAGACCUCACGAUGAGAAAGGAAACAACGAAUGGUGGCUGGUAGAAAAUCGUGACGGUAAACAGGGCUACGUACCACGUGAUUAUUUAAGCGCGCCUAUAAAACCAAAGCCAUAAUGAUGAGACUUAAAAUUCGGCACAAGUUUUACACUUAUAGCAUUGCAGUUUCAUGCUGAGAUCGUGAUAAUUAAUUUGAUUGCAGAAUUAUUAAUCGUUGGAUAGAAACUAUUGAUUAGCAGUGAUUUAUCAAUACUUGAGUUUUCCUAUGAUUACCUCAUAAAUAUGUAUUAUUUGGACCUUAAGUAUUAAGGAAGAAGACUAUAUGGAAUCUUUUUAUUUUGUCCGACUAAACUUAAAGAUUUAGAAAAGAUGAUCAUCUCAAAAUAUUGUUAGAAAUCACACAAAUACUCGAAAAUUUAAGUUUUUAAAUUCCUUAUUAGUACGUAGGUUUAUACAUAUUUGAUUUGUACAUUCUUUUAGAUUUUUACAUACUGAAUUAUUGUUGCAUUAUUAUAUGCAUGUAUAAAUGUAUUAUAAUAAAUGUAAUAUAUACAUAAGUGUAGCGCUUUAUCAGAAACAAUAUAUUUUUUCUGCGACGAUUAACUUGUCAUUUUUAAUAGUACAAGAUCAAUCAUUGAUAUUAAUAAUUGAUAUUGUAGAAUAGACAAUUGCACGUAUUUUCAUCUAACAAAAUUGUGUUCCAAGAGAUUUUUGUAAGAAUAUGCCAUAAGCCUAUCAAAUAUGUAUUCAUACAGUCUUAUUGUUAGACAAAAUUAUUAGACACCCUCAUAAUCAUUAUACUAUAUUGAAUCUAAUACAAGAAAGAGUUCUAUUGAUUAAAAGUUGUUUAUUAGGGCGCUUAUUGCUUCUGUAGACUACAAAACUUUUGUACGAUAAAAAUUUUACCCGAUAUUAUAGUCAGUAUAACGAUUAUGUGGGUACCAAAUAAUUUAGUUUAAAGACCGAUUGCUCUAACCAUCAGGUAACUUUUUACCCUUUUAUUAAUAUAAAUUAUCUGUUUGUGAGGGGAAUAAUUAGAAAUAAAUAAUGUUAAACUUAAAAAGUAAAAAGUUACUCAACAUUGGAACAAUCGGCCCCCUUAAUCAUCUUCUAAUUACAAUCAAUUUUUAAUGUAUAUUUGUAUAUAAUGUUAAAUGUUUUGGAAAAUUGUAAAUUAUUU